CACAGAUUAGCGGUAAAGGGGGACAGCAGUCCGCUGGCUCGCUCCCUGCCUAAGGUGCGUGGAUUGCGUUCAUCAGCCUAAAUGACCUCAAACAGUUAACGGAUGGAUUAUAAUAUGGAUGGAUAUUUGGACCAGCAAGUGCCUUAUACUUUAGCAAACGUAAACAAGUCGCAAGGAAAUGGGCCCUUAAACAGAAUAUUGAUGGCGACAAAAAGAAAAUGCAUCGAUACGGAAUUACCCCCUCAGGAAUCUGAAGACCUCUUUCAGGAUUUAAGCCAACUUCAGGAGACAUGGCUCACAGAAGCUCAGGUUCCGGACAGCGAUGAGCAGUUUGUCCCUGACUUCCACUCAGAAAACUCGGUUGCGUUCCACAGUCCUCCAGUGAAGAUCAAGAAGGAGCCUCAGAGUCCUGGCUCCAAUCCCAGCCAGUCCUGCAGCCACACACAGACCUUCACUUACCCAAAUGCGGAGCAGUGCCUUUACGCCAGUGCCUAUGAGCAGAAGAGAGCCACAGGCCCCAAAACUACCAGCCGAGGGACGCCUCUGUCUCCCAUGCAGCACUAUUCCCCAAAACCAUCCCUGAGUGCACGGCCCGACUCAACGUACAUCAACCCGCCCACCACACAGCCACUCCCCAGCCUUGGUUACCCCAUGGAUCACAGCUCCAGGUACCCCCAGCAUUUGGCAGAAAUGUGCCCUCCAUAUCCCCCUCCAGGCCAGGCCCUGCAGCAGGCACACCGUGCUCCAGGUGGAGGUGGGGGUGGUGGAGGAGGGGGAGGCAGUUACCAUCGCCAGCUGUCUGAUCCCUGCAUGCCCUACCUGCAGCAGAGCUUCAAGCAGGAGUAUCUGGACCCCUUAUACGACCAAGCUGCCCACAUGGCUGGAGCUCCCCCCCAACGAUACCCUCCCGCUCACAUGAUGGUUAAGCAAGAGCCUGUGGACUAUGCCUAUGAGCCAGGCUAUCCUUUUGAGAAUGAUUCCCGCGUUGUCCCAGAGAAAUUUGAAGCUGAGGUGAAGCAGGAAACAGGCAGUGUAUUUCGUGAGGGUGCCCCCUAUCAGCGCCGGGGCUCCCUGCAGCUCUGGCAGUUCCUAGUGGCCCUGCUGGAUGACCCUGCUAACACUCAUUUCAUUGCCUGGACCGGCCGGGGCAUGGAGUUCAAACUCAUCGAGCCAGAGGAGGUGGCGAGGCUGUGGGGGAUGCAGAAGAACCGUCCAGCCAUGAACUACGACAAGCUGAGCCGCUCUCUGCGCUACUAUUAUGAGAAGGGCAUCAUGCAGAAGGUGGCGGGGGAGCGUUAUGUGUACAAGUUUGUGUGUGAGCCAGAGGCACUUAUUUCCCUGGCCUUCCCUGACAAUCAGCGGCCCAGCCUGAAGGCCGAGUUUGAUCGCUAUGUCAACGAGGAGGACACUGUGCCCCUGUCCCACCUGGAUGAAGCAGUGCCCUUCUCCCUUGAGCAGGCUGGCGUCAACAUGGACCCCCAGCCCUACUCCAAAGGAUAUAUGUACUAAUGCCUCCCUUCCCACUCCUCUCCUCCACCCUCUACACCUCUUGCACAUGCCCACCCU